GCCGGCCACGUGACCCCAGGGCCCGUAUGCGCUUGUCUCCGGAACACUGCGCUGGAGUGAGUGAGUACACUAGACCGGAGGAUGGAGUGCACCGGAGAAACUUUAUCCAAGACAUAAAACAGCCGUAACUUCAUCCAAGACACAAAACAGCCGUAUAGCUCACGCGACCGGCGUUCACUGAAGAAGAAAGGGCGUUUGUGUCACUUUUAAAGCGGCUCGCUUCGGCCGGUGUGCUUCCUGUGCGGCGCGCGGAGCCGAAUGUCGGUGCUCAGAUCCUAGAGACACGGGACACGCGCUUACCGUACACCGCGGGGGAUGUUAUCGGUACUCUCCUAUGGCAGGAUCGUGGCCAGGGCUGUCCUGGGCGGACUCUCGCAGACGGACGGCAGAGAUUACAGCCUGGUCACGGCCAGCUGCGGCUUCGGGAAGGACUUUCGGAAGGGGAUCCUGAAGAAGGGCAUGUGCUACGGCGACGACGCCUGCUUCAUUGCCCGGCACAAGUCCGCGGAUGUCCUCGGUGUUGCGGAUGGAGUCGGGGGGUGGAGGGAUUACGGCGUGGACCCCUCGCAGUUCUCUGCCACCCUGAUGAGGACGUGUGAACGGCUCGUGAAGGAGGGCCGCUUCACUCCCAGCAGCCCCGUGGGCAUCCUGACCUCUGGCUAUUAUGAACUCCUGCAGAACAAAGUACCGCUGCUGGGGAGUAGCACAGCCUGCAUAGUCGUUCUGGAUCGUCGCAGUCACAGGAUACACACCUGUAAUCUGGGAGACUCGGGCUUCUUGGUGGUUCGGGGUGGAGAGGUGGUUCAUCGGUCAGAUGAGCAGCAGCACUACUUCAACACACCCUUCCAGCUGUCUAUAGCUCCGCCGGGGGCCGAGGGCGUGGUGCUGAGUGACAGUCCUGAGGCAGCAGAUAGCUCUUCCUUUGAUGUCCAAUUAGGGGACAUCAUUUUGACCGCUACUGACGGCCUCUUUGACAACAUGCCAGACUACAUGAUCCUGCAAGAACUCAAGAAACUCAAGAACACCAACUAUGAUAGUAUCCAGCAGACUGCCCGCAGCAUUGCUGAACAGGCCCACGAGUUGGCCUACGACCCCAACUACAUGUCCCCUUUCGCCCAGUUUGCCUGUGACAAUGGGUUGAAUGUAAGAGGGGGGAAGCCUGAUGACAUCACAGUGCUUCUGUCCAUCGUGGCAGAAUACACAGACUGAGCGCGCUCAGUGAAGCUUGCUCUUCUCUUACACCUGUGUCUUCCACGCCUCCCUUAUUGCACUGCUCCCCAUCUCACUUCUCCCAGCACCCCUUUCCAUUCUUCCACUUCUCGAGUAGAUCUCCAGUCAACGCAGGGAGGAGGUUAACAUGAACUCGCUGGUGUGGGUGGUGAUGCAAGCGGUACAAACAGUCCACAGUUGAUGACCUCAUUUGUGUCCAAAAGGAUUUUGGGAAUCUUCGUGUUGAAUUUGAGUCAUUGCUAUUUUUCCAAGGGGCAAAGAGAGCCUUGCAUUACCCACAAAAAGUGGGUUCUAAUGGGAGAAGCUGUCGUAUUAAGUUGUGUGGCUUGUGCAAAUGAAAAGCUGUUGUUAAAUGGUUGGUUGUCUAUGUCUUGAGAGAGAAGUUAAGCAUCUCUAAAGCCUCUAUGUGCUGGAGUGCCUCUGUGUUUUUUGUGUGUAUGUGUAUAACUUGUCCCGUUUGGUUAAGCUGUAAUGGAAUGGUAGGUAAAAGUUCGCAAUGAGGCUUGGCUAGAUUUAAACCUGUUGGGAAUAGCAAGUGCUUUAGGAUGUGCUGGUUAGUUCUGUUCAGCCAGCAUAUCUCGCUCUAGUUAGACAACCUUCAUCUACACCAUCACUUUGUGAGGUCUUGGAUGAUGGAUUGCAAGUUCAAAGGCUUGAAAGGAGAUGGGUUAAAUGUACAGUUUGUGUUUGAUUAUGAAAGAUGCACAGACAUCGUAGACCUUAGUCAGUGUAGUGCCAUAAUUAAAUUUGAACAGAAAUGAAACUGAGGCUGUGAGGGUUAGAAGUACAGUGCGUUCAAUGGAUUGUACUGUUUAACAUAAAACCGAUUGUUCAGCUGACAAAACGUCUUUCUGAAUAACGUUACGUAGACAAAAACUCAAAACUUUUGAAAGUUGGGAACUUUAUACAGUUCGUAAAGACUGUAAGUAUAUCCCUGGCAUCCUUAUUUUCAAUAUGGCAUCAAACCUGACUAAGGUCUGUACCAGAGAAUGUCACAAUCCGCUGAUAGACACAUACACCCGGUCACGGGGAUGGUGGAUGUUGACUGUGAAUGCGUGUUGGAUGUAUAUUUACAUGACUUCACCUCUCGACCCUUGAGUGUGAAAGUCUGCACGCACAAAUGGCUAGCAUCUGGCAAAGCUUUUCAUGAAUUGAAAGGUCAGGUAUAUAAAUAAAUGUUUUAUUUUUAUAAAUAUUUAGCUUUUAGUGGACAAGAUUCAACAGAAUGCAGAAGUCAGGGAACGCUGGUCUUUACGGAUCGACCAUAAGGCCUUUCGGCGUUUUCUGUGCUCCCAAGCGAGGCUUGAGUUAUUUUUUUAAUUGAUUGAAGGGUAUCUAACUUUUUUUCUUUUUUUUCCUGUGUCGCUCUAGAUUGGUUCUAGAGAACUUUCACAUUCAUGUGCUGCUUUAAUUUUGUAAAUUAUAAAUGUGUGAGUGACUACAUUGUUUAUAUGAAUGUUUUUACCUGUAAAAUAAAAAAAUUGGUGCGCUGAUGGCGAUUUUAUUUCACGAAA